AUGGAAAACGGUACGACGUUCGAAACAGAUCAUCAUCCUAUUGGACAACCAGACAUGGCUUCAGAAGGAUCGUUGAAUCUAGCACCAGGUGCAGAACGUCAUCAUGCAAUGGCACAAAACGGUACAAUCAGCUCGGCUCCUGGAUCAAGUGGAAUCAUGCAACAACAACAACAACAACAACAACAGCCUGAAAUCAACGUGCUCAAUUACAGCACUGAUUUUCCGGAACUUCCUGAAGCACCAGCGCAUCCGAUUAGCAGCAAAGCGACGGGCGGUGUUUGGAAUAAGCCACCGGCUGUUCGAAGUCAAGUUGUUACGCAAGUGUUCAAACUACUCGGCGAUGAACGAGCGUCAAGAACGAAUACGAAAAGUUUCGGAAACACAAACGAAGAACAACAACGAUGCAACGAUAUCGCUAAAGCCACCGACACAACCAUCGAAUUGUGCGAGCAAAAGGAUCAUUCGUUAACUGUCCUCAUAACGGGUAAACGUGCCAAGGUUGAGGAGGCCCGUUCCAGAUUGGUUCGAGAACUGCAAACUCAAGCCACUCGAGAGAUACCGAUUCCAAAAGAGCAUCAUCGUAUUUUGAUUGGUAAAGAAGGCAUAAAGUUGAGACAACUUGAGCAAGAGACUGAUUGUCGUAUUGUGGUGCCGGGACGUGACUCAGCAAGUGAUAUCAUCAAAAUUAUUGGCCCUCGGGAAGGCAUUGAAAAAGCCGUUCACGAAAUACAACUGGCUAGCGAUAAACAGUCGAAGCUAGCACAGGAACAUUUGAUGAUACCUCGUAUUUACUAUCCGUGGAUUCGAGGACCAAACAAUGAAACAAUGGACAGUCUAAUGGCCGAAACAGGUGCCAAGAUCAAUAUACCGCCACCGUCAGCGAAUAAUGAAGUAAUCGUGAUCACUGGUGAAAAGGAUGGCGUGCAUCAUGCCAAAGAGGCAUUGAUGAAAAUCUAUGAAGAUCAAAAGGCAAAUGCAAAGUCUGUGACGUGUCAGGUGGCUCGUGCCCAGCAUCGUUAUGUGAUUGGUGCGCAACGUCGUGGUCUAUCGGAAAUUCUGAAAGAGACGGGUGUUAGCGUUGAAGUGCCAACUGAAGAGGAGGAUUCGGAUACGAUAACACUUCGUGGUAAUCCAGCGAAGUUGGGUGAAGCGCUAGCGAUGGUUUACGCGAAAGCAAGUAGUGUAAUCACAUCCGAACUCGUUUGUCAACAUUGGAUGCAUAAAUUCUUAAUUGGACCGAAGGGUUCGACUCUUCAGACACUUGUGCCAAACAAAGAUAAAGUGCAAAUUGAUUUCGAAGAUGGCGGGGCGAUCUAUUUGGAAGGUCCUCCGGAAGACGUCAAAUCAGCACAAGCAUCGUUGAGCGCAGAAAUUGAUCGCUUAACUCGUGAGAUGUCCUCAGAAACCAUCAAAGUGCAUCCAUCGUUGCAUAGACACGUGAUUGGACGAGGUGGUGCACUGAUUUCGAAAAUCAAGGACGAAACUGGCGUACAGAUCACAAUUCCAAACGAACAAACCAACUCGGAUGAAAUCAAAGUGGAAGGCAACAAAGAGGGUGUGAAGAAGGCGAUUGAAGAAAUCAGCGAAAUUGUUAAACGUAUUGAGAACGAGAAAUCGCGUGAUAUAUUGAUUGAGCAACGUUUUCACAAACAAAUCAUUGGCGCCAAAGGUGAAGCGAUCGGCAAACUACGUGAGCAGUACCCAUCGGUGGUGUUCUCAUUCCCGGAUGCCAGCAAGAAAUCGGAUAUCGUGAAUCUGCGUGGUGACAAGAACGAAGUGGAUAAAGUUUUUAAGCAGUUGACUGCACUCAACAAAGAAUUGUUGGAAAACAACUAUCAAGUGACAGUGCCAAUAUUCAAAGAAUUCCAUAAGCAUAUAAUUGGAAAAGGUGGCGUAAAUGUGCGAAAGAUUCGUGAAGAUACGCAAACACGAAUCGAUUUACCUGGUGGAGAGAGUGGCGAGGACAAGAUAACCGUCACUGGUAAGAAGGCGAAUGUGGAAAAAGCGGUGGAACAGCUGACACAGAUUCAAAACGAAUUGGCAAGCAUAGUGGUUUCUGAAGUGAAUAUUCCCGCUAAAGUGCAUUCACGACUGUUGGGCGGUGGUGGCCGACUGAUCCACGAUAUACAAGAUGAAUGCGGAGGUGUUCACAUCAAAUUCCCACCCGAGAAGAGUUCAUCGGACAAGGUGACGAUACGUGGCCCAAAAGAGGAUGUAGCUAAAGCGGAGAAGUUGUUGCUGGCUCUUGCUAAGGAUCGUGAGCUGUCCAGUUUUGAGGAUGCGGUUAAGGCAAAACCAGAAUUUCAUCGAUUCCUCAUCGGGCGUGGAGGCGCGAACAUCAAGAAGAUUCGUGAAAAAUAUUCCGAUGUUCGCAUUCUGUUUCCACGCGAAACCGAUACGGAUAAAGAGACAAUUCAUUUGAUCGGUAAAAAAGAGGAAGUGGCUGUUGUCAAGAAGCAGUUAGAGGCAAUGAUCAGUGAAUUGAACGAAACAGUGGAAAUAAAGAUGGACGUUCCACCGAAGUAUCAUCGUCACUUUGUGAUUCGCGGCGCAGCCAUCUUACGCGAGAUUCAGGAGCAAAACGGCGGUGUGAUUAUAUCGUUCCCACGUGCCGGAUCGAACGACACCAAAGUGACAAUCAAAGGCAGCAAGCAGUGUGUGGAAAGUGCAAAAGCGAGGAUCGAAGAAAUUGUUGAGGAUUUGGAAGCGCAAGUGACAAUUGCGGUUGAGAUUCCGUCGAUUCAUCAUCGUGCAUUGCUGUCGAAUCGUGGUCAGAAAGUGCAAGAGAUUUGCGCGAAAUAUAACGUACAAAUCAAAUUUCCGGAUCGUCGACUACGAGAAGAAGCUGCAGUUGAGCAACAGCAACAACAACAUGAUGAUGAGCAGAGUGCAAAUGCGUUGGAUGAUGCACACACAGGUGGUGAACACCACGCAUCACCGCUCGACGUGAUCCAUCUGAGUGGACGUGACACGAAAUGCGAGGAAGCGAAGCAAGCAUUGCUUGCGCUUGUGCCGAUCACGAAACAGGUACAUGUUGCAUUCGAACACCAUCGUAGCUUGAUUGGUGCAAAGGGUGAAACGGUGCGUUCGUUGAUGCAAGCGUACGAUGUGAAUAUAUCAAUACCGAGUGAAGAGAAACACCUAGAUGAGAUCCAGGUGACGGGUCAAGCUGAGAACGUUGAAGAGGCUGUCGCGGAUAUUCUCAAAAGAGUGGCUGAAUCCGAGGAGGCGGCAGAAAAUCGCAAGUUACGUUCUUUCAAGUUGAGCGUAGACAUACCGCACGAAUAUCAUACACGUCUAAUUGGUGUUCGUGGUAAAGUGGUUAAGGAACUGGGAAAGAAGCAUGAAGUGCAGAUUGCAUUCCCGCGAGGCGAGGAUCCGCCAGAUACGAUCGUCAUCACUGGAUACGAGAAAAAUUGUGAGGCAUGUAAGGAAGAAAUGGAAGCGAUGAUUGGUGAAGUGCAGUCAUUGUUUACGCAAGAGAUUAGUCUCAACGCUAGCUUCCAUCCGCGUCUCAUUGGUCAAAAAGGAAGAAAUGUCAAGAAAGUGAUGGACGAGUUUCACGUGGAAAUACGCUUUCCACGAACCAACGAUCCGGACCCGAAUUUGGUUGUAGUGGCAGGCAAGACCGAAGAUGCCGUUUAUGACUGUAUCGAUUAUUUGAGAGCACAGGAAGAAGAUUAUCUUGAGGAACGUAAUGACCGUGGUCAAUAUUUAUCACAACGCGUUCAAGAACCAGCUCCACAAGCGAAAAUACCUCAGGUGAAAAUCGAGGGUGCCCCGUGGCAACUCGAUAUGCAAUCUGAGGAUCAGUUCCCGUCAAUGAGUAGUGCAGCAGCUGCAAAUGCAAAUGCUACCGGUACUGGAGCGUGGGGAGGUGUACGUCGUUUUUGA